UGGGGCUAUGGGUCUGGCAGAGUCUGCGCCAAGGCAGAGCUAAAAUGCCUUGCUGAGCUCCAGCUGACUUGCAGAGCGUCACUGAAAGCUGUCAGCAAUCCUUGGUCAAGGAGCCAAGGCUAGUUACUGUCUCACUUCUUUGUAAAGGCGUUCCUCUCUGUAGUUAAAAUGACGACAGCGGCGAGGCCAACGUUUGAACCUGCGAGAGGAGGAAGAGGAAAAGGUGAAGGAGACUUAAGUCAGCUAUCCAAACAAUACUCCAGCAGAGACCUACCUUCUCACACUAAAAUCAAAUACAGGCAGACCACUCAGGAUGCUCCUGAAGAGGUGCGUAACCGUGAUUUCAGAAGGGAGCUGGAGGAGAGAGAACGGGUUGCUGCAAGGGAAAAGAAUAGAGACAGACCAACCAGAGAACACACAACGUCCUCUUCUGUGUCUAAGAAGCCUCGGCUAGACCAGAUUCCUGCAGCAAAUCUUGAUGCAGAUGAUCCACUUACUGAUGAAGAUGAUGAAGAUGAGGACUUGGAAGACAGUGAUGAUGAUGACACUGCAGCUCUUCUGGCUGAACUGGAAAAAAUCAAGAAAGAACGAGCUGAGGAACAGGCUCGAAAGGAACAAGAGCAAAAGGCUGAAGAAGAAAGAAUUCGGAUGGAGAACAUUCUGAGUGGUAACCCACUGCUGAACCUUACUGGCCCAGCACAGCCUCAAGCGAACUUCAAAGUGAAGAGGAGAUGGGAUGAUGAUGUUGUCUUCAAGAAUUGUGCCAAGGGGAUAGAUGAAACAAAAAAGGACAAAAGAUUCGUGAAUGAUACUCUGCGAUCAGAAUUUCACAAAAAGUUCAUGGAAAAAUAUAUCAAGUAGUACAGUUUUAUGUGCAGUGGCACUGAAGGACUUGGAAGGUCAUGGUUGUUCCCUCCCUCUCCCUCGGAAUUCAAGGCUGAAUUCACAAAUGAAUGGUCAUGAAUUCCCAAAUGCUUUUCCAAGAUCAGCAGCAGCUUCAUAAUUAAUAAUUGCUAUGUAUCUGGAGUUUUUAUUCCUUCAGUAUGUUUUCCUUUUCAGUUUUAAUUAAAUGAAUUUGUGUUUCA